AUGUUCUCCAAGAUUGCAGCCUUUGCUCUACUGGUAGCUGUAGCACACAGCAGCGCCAUCAACGGUGCUAAUUACAACAGCUUCUCAUAUGGAGUUUCGGACCCUUACACCGGAGAUGUGAAGAGCCAACACGAGACUCGCGUGGGUGACAACGUGGUCGGACAGUACUCCUUGUUGGAAUCUGACGGCUCUCGUCGGACUGUGGACUACGCUGCUGACGCACACUCCGGAUUCAACGCUGUUGUACGCAAGGACCCCGCUCUGAUCGCUCACGCCGCCCCCGCUGUCGUCGCACACGCCGCUCCUGUUGCCGCUGGUUUUGUCGCUCCCCUCGCAAGAUCUGCCUACUACGCUUCCCCCUUAUCCUACGGAGCCGUAUCCUCUCCUCUCGUCUACAACUCAUACUCCGCUCCUCUUGUACACGGUGCUAUCGCUGCUCCUCUUCCCCGGUCUCUCUCUUAUGGAGCCUACGGUGCUUACGGACUCGGAUAUGCUGCUCGGUUAGGAUGGUAA